AGUGGGGGCCGCGGCGGAGGCGGGGCCGCGAGCAGGAAGUGGGAGUGGAGGCGCUCGAGGCGGGCUGGCGCCGGGCUGUGGCCGCCACUUUGCCGAGUCGCCGUUGCCACCGGGGAGAUGGAGGGGCCGGGGCUGGGCUCGCAGUGCAGGAAUCACAGCCAUGGCCCCCACCUGCCAGGAUUCGGUCGACAUGGAGUCUGUGCACAUGAAAACAAAGAUCUUGCCAAGGCGAGAGAAGCUCUUCCUCUUCUAGAGGACUCUAGUAACUGUGACAUUGUAAAGGCUACUCAAUACGGGAUUUUUGAACGAUGUAAAGAGUUGGUAGAAGCGGGAUAUGAUGUCAGGCAACCAGACAAAGAAAAUGUGUCACUUCUUCAUUGGGCUGCUAUUAACAACAGGCUGGAUCUCGUAAAGUUUUAUAUUUCAAAAGGCGCCGUGGUGGAUCAGCUGGGUGGAGACUUAAAUUCAACUCCUCUUCACUGGGCUGUCAGACAAGGGCAUUUACCUAUGGUCAUAUUAUUACUACAGUAUGGCGCAGACCCCACUCUCAUUGAUGGAGAGGGAUUCAGCUGCAUCCACCUGGCAGUAUUAUUUCAGCACAUGCCCAUCAUAGCAUAUCUCAUCUCUAAAGGACAGAGUGUGAAUAUGACAGAUUUAAAUGGGCAGACACCUCUAAUGUUAGCGGCUCACAAAGUACUUGGGCCAGAACCAACUGGAUUUCUUUUAAAGUUUAAUCCUUCUCUCAGCGUGGUCGAUAAAAUACACCAAAACACUCCGCUCCACUGGGCCGUUGCAGCAGGCAACGUGAAUGCAGUCGAUAAACUUUUGGAAGCUGGUUCUAGCCUGGAUGUCCGAAAUGUUAAGGGAGAAACACCUCUUGAUAUGGCUUUACAAAACAAAAAUCGGCUCAUUAUCCACAUGCUAAAAACGGAAGCCAAAAUGAGAGCCAACAAAAAUUUCAGACUUUGGAGGUGGCUGCAGAAAUGCGAGGUAUUUUCAUAUGGGGCCUGUUCUUUGGGCUAUAGGAGCUUUUUGUUUGUUUAUUUUGUCCUUUAAGGCAUCGGGGAAACCAAGAGGUUGGCUUCGUACUGCAUUACGUCUGCUGAUUGUGUCUUUUCCAUGCAUCCCACGACCUACAGUUGGACAUUUCGCACUUUCAUUGGCAAUUUAUUGUUGGUCCUCAGCCACACGGCUCUAAAACUACAUGUUGCUUUGUGAAUAUCAUGGCAUACCUCCUCGUUUGUUUAGUGAAUGAAUUGAAACACAAAUGGUUUAGAUUCUUGGAGAAGCAAAAAGAAAAAUACUUUGUUGCAAGGAAUUUGAUGAAAGCUUUUCUUAAAGAGCUUGUUCCUUACUGAUUUUUUUUUCAAUAAGAAAAUACAUUCAGAAUGUUUUGUUAGAAUCAGGAGGAGUUAGACUUUCAAGGCGACAGUGUUGCAAACUUCAGGCAUAUGAUGUCACUUCAUAAAAUAAAAAACAUUUGGAAUUUGAGAGAUGAAACCCACAUUUUACUCAGUUUUUAACUUGGUCUUCUGAGUGGUAUUCUUCUAUACUUAAAAGUGAACUGAGCGAUAGAAAAAGUUAGGAAGUUUAGCCUGUUCUCAUGAAUGGCUAACAAAAUCUAAGUCGUAAUAGUGAAUAUAAUUCAAAUUGUUAAAAUGGGCUAUUGAAUUGAUUCCACUAUUUUUAGUGUUUUCAGAUAUGAUGGAUAGUAUCAUCUUAUCUAAAAAUAGUUAGUAAUUGUACUUUCAGAAUGAUUCUGAAUUAACAGGCGCCAGAUUUCCAUGCAGAGGGUCAUCAUGGGUACUCCACCUGU